CUACUCCUCAAACUCCUCAGAUUAUCAUCAAACUCCUCAGAUUAUCCUCAAACUCCUCAGACUACUCCUCAAACUCCUCAGAUUAUCAUCAAACUCCUCAGAUUAUCAUCAAACUCCUCAGACUACUCCUCAAACUCCUCAAAUUAUCCUCAGACAACUCCUGAAACUACUCCUCAGACAACUCCUCAGAUUAUCCUCAAACUCCUCAGACUACUCCUCAAACUCCUCAGAUUAUCAUCAAACUCCUCAGAUUAUCCUCAAACUCCUCAGACUACUCCUCAAACUCCUCAGAUUAUCAUCAAACUCCUCAGAUUAUCAUCAAACUCCUCAGAUUAUCCUCAAACUCCUCAGACUACUCCUCAAACUCCUCAGAUUAUCAUCAAACUCCUCAGAUUAUAUCAAACUCCUCAGAUUAUCCUCAAACUCCUCAGACUACUCCUCAAACUCCUCAGAUUAUCAUCAAACUCCUCAGAUUAUCCUCAAACUCCUCAGACUACUCCUCAAACUCCUCAGAUUAUCAUCAAACUCCUCAGAUUAUCAUCAAACUCCUCAGACUACUCCUCAAACUCCUCAAAUUAUCCUCAGACAACUCCUGAAACUACUCCUCAGACAACUCCUCAGAUUAUCCUCAAACUCCUCAGACUACUCCUCAAACUCCUCAGAUUAUCAUCAAACUCCUCAGAUUAUCCAAACUCCUCAGACUACUCCUCAAACUCCUCAGAUUAUCAUCAAACUCCUCAGAUUAUCAUCAAACUCCUCAGACUACUCCUCAAACUCCUCAGAUUAUCAUCAAACUCCUCAGAUUAUCAUCAAACUCCUCAAACUACUCCUCGGUCUAAUCCUCAGACUCCUCCUCAGAUUAUCCUCAGAUUAUCACUUUACAUAUAUAUAUCGAUAA